UUCGGUGAAUCAAUCGGCAAAUCAAUCGGCACCUUUUUUCGUUCUCCUGUCCCUCGUCCGCGACUUGUUCGCAGCCCCUGACCAUCUCAAACAAACCCUAACUUUUAUAGUCCAAUCCAUCUUCUCUAGCUUACUUCUCCACAUUCAUGGCGUUCGCUACUCGUAUUUUUUCUAAAUCCAAGCAGCUGUAUACUGUUCAGAACAUUUUACCAAAGGACCAUGUGACUCCUGUUCGUUACUUUGCCGAAAAACCAGCUCCCACGGGGCUCAAGGGAGAUGAGAUGCUGAAAGGAAUAUUUUUGGAGGUUAAGAAGAAGUUUGAGACAGCUCUUAGUGUACUUCGCCAGGAAAAGAUCACCAUAGACCCAGAUGAUCCUGCUGCUGUUCAACAAUAUGCUAAGGUCAUGAAGACUGUAAGAGAAAAGGCUGAUCUCUUCUCAGAGUCCCAGAGGAUUCAAUACACAAUUCAAACGCGAACUCAGGGUAUUCCUGAUGCUCGUACUUAUCUUCUUACUUUGAAGGAAAUUCGUCUGAAGAGAGGUCUUACUGAUGAACUUGGUGCAGAGGCCAUGAUGUUUGAAGCCUUGGAUAAAGUUGAAAAUGAAAUUAAGAAACCUCUAAUGAGGAAUGAUGACAAAGGAGUGAAUCGUUUAAUGGCAGAGUUCGAUAAGAUCAACAAGAAGCUUGGAAUCAAUAAAAAUGAUUUGCCAAAAUAUGAGGAGAAGCUGGAGCUUAAUAUUGCAAAGGCACAACUUGAAGAGUUGAAGAAGGAAGCUGUAGAGGCAAUGGAAACUCAAGCAAAGAAGGAGGAAUUUAAAGACGAGCAGAUGGCUGAUGCCAAGUCAUUGGACAUCCGAAAUUUCAUCUGAGAUUCAACUUUGGACUUUUAACUUUGCUGGAAAAAACUUGUUGGAGAGGGUUGAAGGCUGUAGUUGUUGAUCUCAUGGAGAGUACUGCUCUCCUUCCCUUGUCACAUUUUGUUUUUAAACUAAAUUACAUCUUGUUUGGUUGAGAAGUGCACCAGACACGAGUCAUUUUUUGGGAUAGUUCUUGAUUGAAUUUUUCAUGUGUUUAUAUCUGUUGAUCAUGCUAUCUUUUGAGCAUAUGAAAUAAUGAAAUUCUGAUUAUGACAA